ACCAUGGAAACACAGUUAUGGUAUUAGAAAGGGCGUUCCUAUCCAAUGAUUGGUAAUAUAUUUGCAUUCUCAGUUUCUGGCAAGUCUGUUGAACAGUGCUAUAGUACAUGUAAUGAAUGUACGGAAAUUAUAUAACUUUACGUAGAUUUAAGUUUUAUUUCUCACAAUCGUAUAGUUACAAGUCUAGGGACAUUAUAAAAUUUAAUGUAGAUACAAGUUAUAGCUCACAACCGUACAGUAAUAAAUCUAGGGAGAGUAUGUAAUUUAAUGUAGAUACAAGUUAUAGCUCACAACCGUACAGUAAUAAAUUUAGGGAGAGUAUGUAAUUUAAUGUAGAUAUUAGUUGUAUCUCAUAGACUGUGUCUUUGUUUGGAUUUCUUUAGCGACCUGGUUUGUCAAGUAUUGUAAUAGUGGUUCGUACUAUUGUAAAUAAUGCUUUAUUAUGGUACAUUUUGUGUCAAUGUAUUAGUCGGUGCUUUUCUCGCCGUUUAGUAAGUGCCCCGUUCUGUUUAUAUAUAAUAAGGAUUCAGGGGCCACCAGUAACUAUCCUUGUUGCCUCCAAAUUUAAGCAUUCAGUUUUCUCAACCAUGUUUCUAGAUAAAUAUUUCCAUAUGAUAUCAGUAUAUUCUGGCUAUGGACGGACAAAAUUACAUUAAGAACUAUAUUUCUGAACAUUUCUGCUCUGGUGACUGAAUCAUACAUAUAAGCCUAAAUGCAAUGGGUUAAGAAAUGCAGGAAACUUACUCCGAUUUUCACCUUAACGUAUUUGUUACAUCAAACCACUGCGUUGAGUGAGAUUUCUGUUAUAUUAGAACUAUAUAAGGGUAUUAUGAAACACAACACGAUCUAAUCCUAAACCUAUAUGUACGCAAAUAAGAACUAUACAUCCAGGCAUGUUGGUUUAAACGUUUUUUUUAAAAUUAAAAUGAACUGAGAUCAGACAAAUUCUGUAUUUUUCUUUGUUUACAUUUUCGUUUGUUUGUUGUGCUAUAAAUAGAUCUGGACUUCAUCGUCUAUUUUAAGAAGCAAAAUUCUCAACUAGCUAGUUCGAUAUCUAUUGGCUAUUAUUUACCUACAGCAUCAUCUGAUACUGAAUUCAAAAGUGAAAAUAUUAAUUCAAUAUUUCCAACGAAUGUGUAUAUAACUAAACCACACAACUAAAAUGGCAUUAGUGAAAAAUGAACAAACUCCAGAGAAACAUGAAAAAAGUCGUCCCAGGUGUCUUGAUAACAUUAUUGGCGAUGUUUCUAUUAGGUAUUGUACUGACCGUUCUGGUCCGUGCUUCACACAGCAACAGUACAAGUGAAGCAGCGCCCCUCUCUACUACAGAAAAGCCAGCCAGAUGGACGAAUCCCUGCAAUGCUACGAGAGAUCUUAGUUCCAGAAAUUUUACAGUACCGUUUCUUCCAGAAUUUGAAAAGAUUCAGAGGAUCAGUGAAAAGUUACUAACCGUGAUGGAUAUUACAGUCACGCUUAAGACCAAAAUAGCAAAUGAGCGGGUCCAGAGUUCGAUUAUGACGUCAGCUCUGAAUUCACAACACAUAGACGGAUUCCCCAACACAACUCUGUCCCAACAUAAUAUGGAGGAAUAUAAGGACAACGUAACCCUGGCGUAUAUAAGAAGCUAUCGGGAUUUGUCGGUGGUUGCAGUAUUCCUAGAGGCCGUCCGAGAAGAUGAAGACCAGUAUGAAUACGGUAGCUGGACCCCUGAAAUCAAAGAUAAAGAAAAUAGACUCUAUGGCCUUCUCUGCGAACUCCAUAAUGCCAUCAUCACGAAUGGGGCCGUCAUUGAAUACGAAUCACGUGAUAUUAUGCCCCAGGAGUGGCGUGGUAUGUCUAAUCGUUCCUAUAGAAACUAUCGCGAUUACGUCAUCAUGAAAGACAGUGGCCUAGUCUAUCAAAGUUUCUUCAACAUGUACCAAACUAUUUUGAAUUCGUUUAAAGUAGGGGUCUAGUAGCGUGACGUCAUGUCCGGAUCGAACUCCAGUAUUGGUUCACGUACUAUUAUUAUUGGGUGGAUUUAUACUGUUUUUACAUUUACCUGGAUGUUUUUUAAUUUAGUAAAAUGAAUACAAUAACACUCCAUCACUUAUAUUUAAGUAGACUAUGGAUCCAAUCUUCUUUCCAUUUUUUGUCAUCUAAUUCACACAUAAAACCAGAGGUACAUAUUUGUUUAAUUGAGAUACAGGCCGGGGUAUUACAUGUUAAAAUUAUCUGUAAAUUAAAAAAAAUUCAUGAUAUGCAAUCAUGCACUUGUGGAAUUAAAUAAAACAAUUCUGCAUUUGUUAUAUAUUUGUUAUCUUGUUAUAUAUUUGUUAUCUUCUGUUAUGUGAAAAUCAUCUUCAAAAUGGUUAUUUUGGCCCAAAAAUGUAAAUAUAAAUUGAGAUGCUGUGAAAAUAUUAUGCUGAGAAAGGGCAGAUUUUUUAAAUGUAUUUUAACAAGCAUUCAUAUAUGAACAUAAUAUGUGAGUUUGAAUGAAAAAUCACAAGUCAAAUUUUUAAAAUAUUCAUAUUAGUGGUGUUGCAGUGCCGUAUUUUUGACUGCCGAGGGCCUGUAUUGAGUUCAAUUUUGUACCACCAUUAUUAAAAAACAUGAAACUAUGUUAAAAUUUCAUUUUUAAUUAUUUAGUUAAACAUAUUUAUUUCAUAUUUGAGGAAAAAAAUUGCAGCAUCAUACCUCAAACAAAAUUUUAUGGACAUAUUCUAGGACUUCUUCAAUGAAUUCUGAUAUUGCCGUUUGACAAAUGGGGGUACACGUAAUAAAAAUACCAUAAUUUACUCAUUAUACUGACAACCCCCCAUUUUUUUGUUUUUAUCAUACCCUGAAAUGAACAAUCUAAGUAUCUAAACUCAAAUUUUUGAGAAAUCACAAGUAGGUCCAGGACUAGGGACCUACCUUAACAGUAGUUCCUAGUCAUUCUUGGCGAUGCCCAACGUCAUUUGGAAAGGCAGCUUCCAUCUAAUUCUGUUUUAAUGAUGAAAUGACAUUUUUGUGAAUUUUUUUUUUUUAUUGUAAAUUUUAAUAUCGGUUCUGUAUGGUCCCCAUUCAUUUCAUCACCACUUCUGAAAUUCUCUAAUGCCUUGGUGUUCAGUAACAAGCUUGCCAACAAUGUCUUUCAAUGUCUUCAAGCAUCAUAUCAUUGCUUUCCAUGAUCUCAAUGUUAUAACUUUUUGUUAUGGGUCUGAAAUAUUCUAGGAUCUCAUUAAUCACUGCCAAGCUCAGGUUCAUUGAUUUAGUUGUCGUCCUUUUCUUUUCACAUGCCGUUUUCUCCAUUUCUUACAGUGACCCAUUUACAUGUAUAAAUACGUUUUCUAUAUGUCAUUAUUAACAAUUAAAAAAGAAAAACCGCAAGGUCCAGUCUUUUGGUACGUUGUUUUAAUUCAAACAUCGUCAUAGAGAAUGUUUUUAAGGAAGAAUGAUACAUAGUCAAAAUGGCGCAAAUUUUUUUUCUUCUCCAGAUUAUUUUCUAUGCAUUUAAAAAAAAACACCACCAAAUAAUGUAAAUUUGCGCGAAUCCCCUCAAAGAUUAUUUUCUACUAAAAUUGCAUAUUUUAAAAAUUAAAUAAUGUAAAUUUGAAGUUUUUCGCUUUGAAAAUAUUAUUGUAUACAUAUCCUCCACUUUCCAUUCAUAUCAGGCUUCUCUGGUGUGUUAUUCAUCCUUAAAACGACUAGAAAAGAAGAGGUGUGUGUAUUUUGCAUGUAAUUUAUUGUUUGAUAUGACUUCACAGUAAGGUUGUGUGUGUACAUGUUAUUUAAAAAUUUACAUAGGAUUUAUUACGUGAUCACGUUAUCUGUUGGAAUACUAUGGCGUUUUGUGAUAAUUACUUAAUAUGUAUGCAUUCCUCUAACACUUAUGAAGAUUAUACAUAUUUAUAUCCAUUAACAUGUAAUAACAGAUGUAUAUUUAACAAACACUAUAUUUUUAGUUCUAGUUGUUGCCAGUCUUAAAGCCAGGGAAAUGAUCUGUGUAAUUAUGUUAUAUACGUUUGUUUUUAAAAUAUCUCUUGUAAUAUUUAAACUCGUUCAUGUAUGGUAUAUUUACUUUAAAAUCUUAGAUUUAUACAUGUAUUCUUUUGUUUUUAAAAUAUAUUUUGUAAUAUGUUGUUUUAACUCAUUAUCUACUUAAAAUGUCCAGAAACUUGAACAGAAUUAAUCUAGGUUUAUAUACAUGUGUGUAUAUUUUUGUUUUUCAAAUAUCUCAUGUAAUAUUUUUUUUAAAACUCAUUUAUGUAUGGUAGGUACACUUAAAAUGUCCAGAAAUUUUAACAGAAUUAAUCUCAGUUUAUAUAUGUAUAUUUUUGUUUUUCAAAUAUCUUUUGUAAUAUUUUUAAACUUGUUCACUGUGUAUGAUAUCUGUCGUUGAAUUCCUGAUUAAACAUGCAGACUUUA